AUGCAUUUGAUAUUACCAGCGGAGGAUCUCAGCAAUUGCGUCUCCACUUCGCAUUCUAUUGAGGCUCUUGAUCCUACGCCUGUGAAGGAUAGAAGCGUUGUUGUUCUGCAGGCUACCGGUGUUCCCACCACUGCCUCCGCCACUGUCCUGCCACCCCUCCUGUCUGAAGGCUGGGACGAGGAACGCGUACAAAUGCGAUCACGAAGACGACGAAAGGAACAAGAGCAUGAGGAGGAGGGAGAGGUGGAGAAAGUGAAGGUGGAGGCGUUGCAAUCGUUGGAAGGUCGUCAAGGGGCGAAUGGAGAGGAAAUUGGGGAAGGUGUGUGA